AGACCCCUUAACGGCUUAUUUCCUCCCCGAAGCCCCACCCCUCCCUGUGACCUACCGCCACUCACUCGGGGGACUGGUCCGACGGCAUUCCGCCUCCCAGGAUAAAACCUGGGGCGGCCUGCGGGGGAACCAGGCACUCCCGUCGGCGCGCCAUGGUGGUUCCCGCGACUCCCCCCUUGCUGGGGGCGCCCUGCCUCCGGGUCCUGGCCUCCCUGUUGAUUCUGGCUGCUCCAGCCACCCUAGAUGCUGUCAAGACGGCUGGGCCGCCAGCCUGCGGGAAGCGCCUGCAGCUGAACCGGAUCGUGGGGGGCGAGGACAGCUUGGACGCCGAGUGGCCCUGGGUCGUGAGCAUCCGGAAGAACGGCACUCACCACUGCGCGGGCUCCCUGCUCACCAGCCGCUGGGUGCUCACGGCCGCCCACUGCUUCAAGGAUAAUCUGGACAAACCAACCCAGUUCUCUGUGCUGCUGGGGGCCUGGCAGCUGGGGAACCCUGGCCCGAGGUCCCAGGAGGUGGGUAUCGCCUGGGCGCAGCCCCACCCUGUGUACUCCUGGAAGGAGGGCUCCCGUGCUGACAUCGCCCUGGUGCGCCUGGAGCGCGCCAUCCAGUUCUCUGAGCGCGUCCUGCCCAUCUGCCUGCCUGACUCCACCGUCCAGCUCUCUUCGGACACCGACUGCUGGAUUGCUGGCUGGGGGAGCAUCCACGAUGGAGUGCCCCUGCCCCACCCUCAGACCCUCCAGAAGCUGAAGGUCCCCAUCAUCGACUCGGCCACCUGCAGCCGCCUGUACUGGCGGGGAGCCGGGCAGGGCGCCAUCACCGAGGACAUGCUGUGUGCUGGCUACCUGGAGGGGGCGCGCGACGCCUGUCUGGGCGACUCCGGAGGCCCCCUGAUGUGCCAGGUCGAGGGCACCUGGCUGCUGGCGGGCGUCAUCAGCUGGGGCGAGGGCUGUGCGGAGCGCAACCGGCCUGGGGUCUACAUCAGUCUGGCCGCCCAUCGCUCCUGGGUGCAGAGGAUCGUGCAGGGGGUGCAGCUCCGCGGGCGCUCGCAGCAAGGCGGGCCCGCAGGCCGUCGGGGCUGGGCCCUGGGGGCGCGGCGCCCUCGCCGGGCGGAGAGGCACCACACGGACUAGGGACCCGUGGAGACCUCGCGCCUUCUCCUCCGUUGUAAAUAAGCCGUCUACCUCUGGGGGGCGCCCGCGACCCGGCGCCGGAUCGCCUCCGCGGGAGGCCCCGCCCCUCCCCGGGCUCAGGCCCCGCCCCCUAGGCCCGGAGCGCCUUUCUGUAUAUACAUGUCAAUGCUUUUUACAGUUAUUUGUAACCGCACCCAGGUAUCUUAUU